GCGGGGCUGCCGCACGUGGGAGGGCGCUGGCGGGUUCCGCGGCCGUGGUCUCCUCAGCAAGGCCGACUCCGCCGCCCGCGUCGUCCACCUCCGAGCCGAAGGAUUGCGCGCCCGCCGCCGCCGGCUUCUCGGCGCUCCCAUGAUCGCCCGGUGCCUUUCGGCUGUGCGAGGCCUCCACAGAGUUGGUGGUUCCAGGAUUUUACUCAGAAUGACGUUAGGAAGAGAAGUGAUGUCUCCUCUUCAGGCAAUGUCUUCCUAUACUGCGGCUGGCAGAAAUCUUUUAAGAUGGGAUCUUUCACCAGAACAAAUUAAAACAAGAACUGAGGAGCUCAUUGUGCAGACCAAAGAGGUGUAUGAUGCUGUUGGAAUGCUCGAUAUCAAGGAAGUAACUUACGAAAACUGUUUGCAGGCACUGGCAGAUGUAGAAGUAAAAUAUAUAGUGGAAAGAACCAUGCUAGACUUUCCUCAGCACGUAUCCUCUGACAGAGAAGUACGAGCCGCAAGUACAGAAGCAGACAAAAGACUUUCUCGUUUUGAUAUCGAGAUGAGCAUGAGAGGAGAUAUAUUUCAGAGAAUUGUGCGUUUACAGGAAACCUGUGAUCUGGGGAAGAUAAAGCCUGAAGCCAGACGAUACUUGGAAAAGUCAAUUAAAAUGGGAAAAAGAAAUGGGCUCCAUCUUCCAGAACAAGUACAGAAUGAAAUCAAAUCAAUGAAGAAAAGAAUGAGUGAGCUAUGUAUUGACUUUAACAAAAACCUCAAUGAGGAUGAUACCUUCCUUGUAUUUUCGAAGGCUGAACUUGGUGCUCUUCCUGAUGAUUUCAUUGAUAGUUUAGAAAAGACAGAUGAUGACAAGUAUAAAAUUACCUUAAAAUAUCCACACUAUUUUCCUGUCAUGAAGAAAUGCUGUGUCCCUGAAACCAGAAGAAGGAUGGAAAUGGCUUUUAAUACAAGAUGCAAAGAGGCAAACACCAUCAUUCUGCAACAGCUACUCCCACUUCGGGCCAAAGUAGCCAAACUACUUGGCUAUAACACACAUGCUGACUUCGUCCUUGAAUUGAACACUGCAAAGAGCACAAGCCGUGUAACAGCCUUCCUAGAUGAUUUAAGCCAGAAACUAAAACCCUUGGGUGAAGCAGAACGAGAGUUUAUUUUGAAUUUGAAGAAAAAGGAAUGUGAAGAGAGAGGUUUUGAAUAUGAUGGGAAAAUCAAUGCAUGGGAUCUACAUUACUACAUGACUCGGACAGAAGAACUCAAGUACUCUGUAGACCAAGAGUUCCUCAAGGAAUAUUUCCCAAUUGAGGAGGUCACUGAAGGCUUGCUGAACACCUACCAGGAGUUGUUAGGACUUUCAUUUGAGCAAGUGGCAGAUGCUCAUGUUUGGAAUAAAAGUGUUACACUUUACACUGUGAAGGAUAAGGCAACAGGAGAAGUAUUGGGACAGUUCUACUUGGACCUCUAUCCAAGGGAAGGAAAAUACAAUCACGCCGCCUGCUUUGGUCUCCAGCCUGGCUGCCUUCUCCCUGACGGGGGCCGGAUGAUGUCUGUGGCUGCCCUAGUGGUGAACUUCUCACAGCCGGCAGCAGGUCGUCCCUCUCUCCUGAGACACGACGAAGUGAGGACUUACUUCCAUGAGUUUGGUCAUGUCAUGCAUCAGAUUUGUGCACAGACUGAUUUUGCACGAUUUAGUGGAACGAAUGUGGAAACUGACUUUGUAGAGGUACCAUCACAAAUGCUUGAAAAUUGGGUGUGGGACAUUGAUUCCCUCCGAAGAUUGUCAAAACAUUAUAAGGACGGAAACCCUAUUACAGAUGAUCUGCUUGAAAAACUUGUUGCUUCUAGACUGGUCAACACAGGUCUUCUGACCCUACGCCAGAUUGUUUUGAGCAAAGUUGAUCAGUCUCUCCAUACGAACACGUCCCUGGAUGCUGCAAGUGAAUAUGCCAAAUACUGCUCAGAAAUAUUAGGUGUUGCAGCUACUCCAGGCACAAAUAUGCCAGCUACUUUUGGACAUUUGGCAGGGGGAUAUGAUGGCCAAUAUUAUGGAUAUCUUUGGAGUGAAGUAUUUUCCAUGGACAUGUUUUACAGCUGUUUUAAAAAAGAAGGGAUAAUGAAUCCAGAGGUUGGAAUGAAAUACAGAAACCUAAUCCUGAAACCUGGGGGAUCUCUGGACGGCAUGGACAUGCUCCAGAAUUUCCUGGAACGUGAGCCAAACCAAAAAGCGUUCCUAAUGAGUCGAGGCCUGCACGCUUCGUAAACCGGGGAUCUUUGGUAGCAGUCCAUGUCUGGAGGACAAGUCGACAUCACCAUGUGUUACUGGCCUAGAAACUGAAGGGAGUUUUUUGCAAGUGAAAAUUUAGAUUUCUAUUGACUUCCUUUUGUUUUGUAAUUUUAAAAAUUAUAAAGCUGUAAAUGGAAUUAUAAAUACUGUGACCUAAGACCCACUAGAAAGUAAUUGUACCAUAAAAUUUCAUAAAAAUGGAUUUGAUUUCUUUUUAUAAAAGUUUCAUAUGAAUGUAAUUUGAUUUUUUACUAUUAUAAUCUAAAUAAUAUAAUGGAAGAGGGCUAAGGAUUCUUAAAUUGAAUCAUAUACAUGGUAUUAUUUGAUCCUUCUUAUAUCUUGAUGUUUUGUACUUGGGACUUGUGGACCGGUAAAUGAAUCAUCACAUUCCUCUGGCAAAUAUUUUCUUAGAGCCCUGCAUCAGCUUUGAUCCUCUGUCUCACAGCAAGGUGUGACCGCUCCUUUGCCUGCACACCUCAAGGUCAGGGGAAGAUGCCUCAGUAAUGCGUUUGUCUGUAUAUAUCAGGCCGCAGGAUUCCCAACUUUCUGCCACACUUAAAUUAUGUUCCUCCAUUUGGGUUUGUCUUUUCUGUCUAAAGUCCAGUCAGAGAGCAUCAAAAAAUCAUAUGUUUCAACUAGACUGGUCUAAUGUAUAUUGUAAGUUUUUAUAUCUUAUAUUAGAGGAUUUUAUCUAUUCUAUUUUAUCUAUUCUGUUACAAGAUAAUAUAUUAUCUUGUAUUAGAAGCUCAUUUCCCCUUCAGCAUACAAGAUCGCCAGUCUUUGGCAUAUUUGCCAAUUAGAACACUAAGGCAAGUCCAGACAUAUUUUUCUAUUCUCCCAUUUCUAACAAGUGGUAGGGACUUUGCCUCCUUUCCUGCCUACCUUGCACAAAGUGGCAGGUAGACAUGUCACAGUGGCUCUGUAGAGUGCCAUGGGAAGACAGCCAAAGCUGUGCGGAGCAUAAAGAGUUCAGAAACUCUGGAAGAGGAGUGGGUUCUGGCCCGAAGCGUCGAAGUGUUACUUGUGUGCUUAAACUCAGCCACAGGAAGGAGGCUCUUCAGUAGCCUAUUUUGUCUGGUGAUAAGUGAACCUUUGGAUCUCUCUUUGACUCUCUUUAUUAUGGGCCUAAAUUCCAGUUCUUCAGCAGACCAGUAGACUCACAGUAUUUAUUUUCCCCCAAGGAGUCUAUUCAAUAAAGAAACCAAACAGGAUAAUUUAAAAGAAAAAAAAUUUUUUUUUUAAAUUUUGAAUGUACUUUGUAUAGGUCUUCCAGUUGUUUCCCAGUGCAUACCCGAGGCAUGACUUUGCUGGCUGGGGAUAAACUUUGAACCUUUCUGUGCUUUAGUCUAAAUAGACUUUGUGCUAAAUAACAAAUUAUUAUGUUACAUAAUAAAAUUAAAGAUAGCAGGGAAAAUCAACAGCUAUAGCAACACACAAGGAAAUUCUAAGAUUAUCAUUGCCAAGCAAAUACCUUAAACAUCCACAUGAAAUCCUCCCCUCCCUUCCGAGACAAUUUGCCCCGCCCAUCUCUGCCCUACACUCAAUCAACGUCACUCUCUCUGGUCCCCAAAACUGUUUUUGUGAUCUUAGCAACCUAUGGUAGUUUUCUUCUACCUUUUUUCUCCCAGAUGCUUGUUUUCCAGUUUCAGACAAAAAAAACUCUCUUCAGCUUUUUCUAUUGCCCAACGUGUCACCUUAACAAUAACUUUAGCAUUUUAAAUCUUAUUUCACAUGGAAAAAUUAAUUGGUGUGGAAAAAGGCUGCACACAAUAAAGUUACAUUAUUAUGAGAA